CAUAGGGUGAACAGACAAGCAUCCUGCAAACUCCAUUAGGACUGAGACGAAAAUGACAUUCUUCCUGUCCCAUUCCACACCCUAACGAUUUGUCCAGUCCCUCACUGAACCUGGCAGCAGCUAUCACUGACUCUCAGCUGUAGACAUGCUCAGCAGAUCGCAGGGAAGACGCAGCUUAUCCAGUCUCUCUCAAAUAGCCUAUCAGAGAAAUGAUGAUGAUGAAGAAGAGGCUGCUAGGGAACGUCGCCGCAGAGCCCGGCAGGAGAGGCUCCGUCAAAGGGAAGAGGAGGAGUCUUUAGGACAAGUGACCGAAAAGGUGGAAGUUAAUGCCCAGAACAGUGUGGGUGAUGAAGAAACUAAAACUUCCACCAUAUCAAAUACCCAAGUUGAAGGAGGUGAUGAUGCUGCAUUCUUGGAGCGGUUGGCACGUAGGGAAGAACGACGCCAAAAGCGCCUUCAGGAAGCUUUGGAGCGCCAGAAGGAAUUUGAUCCAACAAUAACAGAUGAAAGUUUGUCGGUACCCAACAGGAGAGCUCAAAAUGAUGCAGCAGAGAAUGAGACUUCGGAAAAGGAAGAGAAAAGCGAAAUCCGUAGGGAAAGAUACCAAGUAGAGGAAACUGAAAUAAUCACCAAAUCCUACCAGAAGAAUGACUGGAGGGAACCUGAAGAAGACAAGAAAGAAGAAAAAGAGAAGGAAGAGGAGGAAGAGAAGCCCAAGAAGAGAAUCAUUGAAGAAAAUCAGGUAGAGGCAAUGGUAGAAAAGAAAACAGAGACCCAAGAGGAAGAGGUAGUAGUACAAUUGAAAAAUGGUCAGGUCCAUGCUGAGGAGCCUAAUAUAGAGGAAGAUAGAAGAACAGAUAGAGAUGAGGUGACAGGUAAUGAAAAAUCAGAGGAGCAAGACCAGGCUGAGGCAGAGAAGCUGAGGUUGGAGGCUGAGGCAGAGAAGUUGAGGUUGGAGGCUGAACAAGAACGGAAAGCUGAAGAAGAGAGAAUGAGAAUUGAAGCAGAGGAAAGAGUGGCUGCCCAAGAAAAGGAAAGGAAGGAGGCAGAGGAAAGGGAAAGGAUUAAAGAGAAAGAGAGAGAAGCAGCAGAGGCAAGGGAACGGGCAAAAGCAGAGGAGAAACGUGCAGCUGAAGCAGAAGCAAAAGCUAAGUUAGAAGAGCAAAUAAUUAAAAAACAGUUAGAAGAAAAAGACAAAAUAUCGGAAAAACAGAUAAAGGGGGGGAAGGGAGAAGAGAAAAUACAAGAAAAAAAGGUAAAUGAAAAGAAAGUACAAGAUAACAAACUUCAGCCAACUGUCCUAAAGACUCAGGGAGAAGAAAAGGGGGUCAAAGUGGAAGUUAAAAGAGAAAAAUCCCAGGAAGACAAAUCCACCUUCAAAAAAGAGGAGAUCAAAGAAGAAAAGACCAUCAAGGACAAAGGGCCCAAAGAAGACAUUAAAAGCAACUGGGAUCGCAAGAAAGGGUUUCCAGAAGUCAAAUCUCAGAAUGGAGAACUUACAACUCAUAAACUUAAACACACAGAGAAUGCUUUCAGCCGAAGUGGUGGGAAAGGGAUCACGGACACUAAGGAAGCUGAGGCAGCAUCCCAAGUUGAGGCUGGCAAGAGGCUGGAAGAGCUGCGCCGCCGCAGGGGAGAGACAGAGAGUGAGGAGUUUGAGAAGCUGAAGCAAAAGCAGCAGGAGGCUGCCUUAGAGCUUGAAGAGUUGAAGAAAAAGAGGGAAGAGCGCCGGAAGGUUCUAGAGGAGGAGGAGCAGCGGAAGAAGCAAGAAGAGGCAGAGAGAAAAGCCAGAGAGGAGGAGGAAAAAAGGAGGCUGAAGGAAGAGAUUGAAAGACGAAGGGCAGAGGCUGCUGAGAAACGCCAAAAAAUGCCAGAAGAUGGACUAUCAGAUGACAGGAAACCAUUUAAAUGUUUCACUCCUAAAGGUUCAUCUCUCAAGAUAGAAGAACGGGCAGAAUUUUUGAAUAAGUCCGUCCAGAAGAGCAGUGGUGCCAAAUUAAGUCAUCCUACAGCAGUUGUCUCCAAGAUUGACAGCAGACUGGAGCAAUAUACCAGUGCAAUUGAGGGCACAAAGGCUUCAAAACCAGCUAAGCCAGCAGCCUCAGAUCUACCAGUUCCUGCUGAAGGAGUCCGUAACAUCAAGAGCAUGUGGGAAAAAGGAAAUGUGUUUGCCUCCCCCACUGGGGCAGGUACACCAAACAAGGAAACUGCCGGCUUGAAAGUGGGGGUUUCCAGCCGCAUCAAUGAAUGGUUAACUAAAACCCCAGAAGGGAACAAGUCACCUGCCCCUAAACCUUCUGACUUAAGGCCAGGUGAUGUAUCAAGCAAGCGCAAUCUCUGGGAAAAGCAAUCUGUGGAUAAGGUCACUUCACCUGCUAAGCAGGUUUGAACCAGCUGAAGAAAGAACACUAGGUACCUGCUCAAGACGCUGGACCAGCUCAAUUCAAAAGUGCUCAAUUGUUCUGUUUUAUAUUUAUGUUGAUUUACUAAAAUGUGGGUUCUUUUUUUUUUUUGGUUUAUUUUGCAUUAUCCCAGUUAAACCCAUGUAUAUUAGCACUGUAUUUAAUAAUCACAACCUAGAGACAUUCAAGGUAAAAGUGCUGCAUUUGCACAGGAGCCUAUUUCUAAAGAAAACCCAUGCUGUGAAAUAUAGACUUUUCUACUGAGAGUCAUAACUCUAUGUCUGAACAGUGAUGUUAGCUGCAUCAGAAGUCAACCAAAAUAUAUUCAAGUUGAAAAAUGCCUAAGGAAUGUGUGCAGUAUCCAUAAAAAAAUAAACAGUUGCUACUUUUGGAAUACAGAAGUCAUUGUUUCUGCACUUUAGAAUAAGGCAUGGAAGAAAUAAUUUUAGUUGACAUUUGUAAUAUUUUCUGUAAGUUGCCCAUGUCAGAUUUGAGAUACUGCAGCAUUAAUUUGUCUUUUUUUAUUUGUUUUAUACUUCUAAAGUAUCACUUUUUCCAUUCUAGUUAAGUUAAUAUCUAAGUUGGAUUAUUAUGUUAGCUGACAGUGGUACUGAUUUCUUAAGAUUGGUGGUUUUGUGGAUUUCUUUGGUAGUGAAUAGUAACAUGGACUGCAUUUUAGAACACAUAUAUGUAUGUAUGAGUAUGCAUACAUAUAGACACAAACAUAGCUUUACAAAAUUUAGCGCCAAGCACUACUAAUGGUAGGAUGCUUUAAUAUGUUCUAGAAUAUUAUAUUUAGUAAUAAACCUACAUAACUAGCCAAUAUCACAGCUUUAAAAAAUAAAAAUCACAACUUCUAUAUUAAUAUUUCACAAGUGCCAUUAGAAGCAUGGCAGGAGAUCUGAAAAUUUUAAAUGUAAUUGACCUUUGAUAAAAGGGAAGAAAAAGCAAUGAAAAAAGAGGAGUUAGAGGAGCUAAUGUAGGUCAGUGUUUUCUAUAAAACAUUAGUUAAUUUAUAUAAACUACCAUAAUUGAAGGUAAUUCUAAGUACAGUGUGAAUUAUACUAAAGUAUGUUCCCCUGGCUCCUAUUCAAGGUCUACGCUUUUUUGCAAGUUAGACAUGUUCUCUAAGGUGACACAUAGCCCUAAAAUUCUAUAAAAUAUGACAUUGAUUUUUUAAAAAACUAUAAACUCUUGCAAAUUGGUCUCAGGUGUGUGUAUAGGCUUCAAAAGUUGAACAAAUAUGGGUAUUUAGGGUCCUAAUAAUUUUCUCUUAACAAAAUGAUAAUUUGUUUAAAUAAUAAGGUUGUUUUCCUAAGACCAGGCUCUUUUGAGGGCCAGAUAUGGCUCUUUCUGCAGGAACCAUAAAGUCAAUUUUUUUUUCAGGCGCUGUU